AUCAGUAUUGAGGUCUGUUAUAAACUUAUAACCUCCUCUUUUCUGUUCUUUUGGGGUGCACAGCUAGCUAGGACUAAACCAGGGUUUGAUAUUUACCAACAACCUGUACCAAAGGGAUAUUCGUGGCAUCCUAUCUAUCCUGGGAGUCGUAGAGGUCAUCUUGAGCCGUUAGUUUGCUCUGACUGUGACGACUAUAACGAAUGCCCAAAAAUGGCUGAUGAAUUCCAGACGGAAGAUUCCACCAAAAAUACCAAGUCUGCUAGUCUUGUUUAGGGUUGUCACAAUGGUAACAAGAGUACGUACGUAGUACGUACCCUCUCAUCCACAUGUAUGCCAAUAUGCCAUUACUUGACAAACGCCUUCUCCCACUGACCUUUCCAAUUAUAAUGGAGAAACCCAUGCUCUCACAACCCCAUUUUUCCGCACCCGCGCUUUUAGUGGCGAAAAUUUCCUUCAGACCCGACCCAAAUCCGACCGACCCGACCCGACUUUUCCGGCCGAUUCCGGCUGUUUCAGGUGACCGAGCCGACCCAAAUCCGACCGACCAGACCCGACUUCUUCGGCCAACUCGUCUCCUCCUUGUGCACCUCCCUGUGGUGGUGGAUCAUGGAGUAGCACGCCAGUUUCCACGCAUCGAAGCCCGAAAGUCGACUCGAAUACCUAUCGGUGACCCGGUUGUGUUCUUCAAUUUUCCGGCGAUCUCCGGCGAGUUUAGGCUUCACCACUGGUCUCAAACUCCUUGUCUCAACAUCGUCAACAACCCCUGCAAAGGUUUUGAGCUAAAUCGAAAGGUGACUGACGAAACGAGUGAGGAAAUUACUCUUAGUGUCGUGGAAGUUGCACGCAGGAAAGAAUGUGAGUAAAAAUCUCACAGUGACGAAUCUAUCAUUGCGGAGAUUCAUGAUUUCGCCUAAUUAAAAAGAACGAACUAUGAUAUGUAUAUGAUAUAGUGGAUUGUGUAUGUGUAUAAUUGGUAAAAUAGGUACAUAUAUAUAGUUUGCUAUAUUAUAUACUGUCAUAAUUUCCGUUUGCGAAUGAAUUCAUUUUAGCGUUGAUAUUUAUUUAUUUGAGCAUGUCAAUUUGAUUUGUACAAUAUCAUGUGAUGAUUAUUGUACGUGGUUUUAACAUCGAGUUUUGUUAAAACAUUUUCUGUCUUCGGACGUGUUUUUCUGUCUUCGGACGUGUGUUAUGUCUUCGGACGUGUUUUUCUGUCUUCGGACGUGUUGGCAUGUCGGAACCUAGCCUUGGCCGGGCGACAGUUACGAUACAGUUAAAGCUCUAGUCUGUCUGCCGCUGUACUGUAUGAGGGGUAACAUAUGGGUUACCAGCUUAUGAGUACCCAUAUUUUUGGGAUUUUUGGGUGGCAGAUGGGUUGCUCAAUGCCCGGCGGUGUACUGCAUGUGGGGUAAUAUAUGAGUACAUGGGUCUCAUGAGUACCCAUAUUAUAAAUGUAAUUAGGUAAACAGAGGGGUUGCCCGAUUUCUCAUGAGCACUUAUAUUUUCAGAUAUUAUUGGACAACCAGAUGGGUCGUCCAAUGAGUCAUGAGUACAUUUAUAAUUAAAUAUUUUCAAUAUUUUUCUUUUGGAUAUUGGGUAGCGAGAGGUUGCCCAAUGUUUGAUGGCGUACUUCAUGAGGGGUAACAGAUGUGUACCAGCGCUCAUGAGUACCCGUAUUAU